UACAGACAAAAAAGCAAAACUUUGUACUUCUGAUUCAUCUUCAGUGUAUGAGUCAUCUCGUUCGAGCCAAUCACAGGAUAAGCAGAAAAAGAAAACAUCAGGGUCAAAGUCUAUUCGUAUUUCUGACGAUUCAUUGGAAAUAGUAGGUGAAGACUUAGAAGCAAAAAAAGAUACAAUAGAUAUAUCACCUGAUUCCUUUAGCAAAUCGUCUUUAGAACUUGAAGAGCCAUUGUUUUGUACCUCCACUAUAGCUGAAAUAGAAGGCGCUUGUUUUACUGAAUCGACUUUAUUUGAACCAGUCUCCUGUGGGGUAGUUUUGCGAGCUGGCUCGACCCUA